GUGGGUGCUACAUUUCCCAAGAGUGUAUUCUCCGACUGGGGCUCUCAGCAAAUGGUGAUUACGGGUAAUGGUGACGAUCUUCAGCUUACGUUGAACAAGUUGUCAGGGUCUGGGUUUCAAACUAAACGACAGUUCCUCUUCGGCAGCAUAGAAAUGCUAAUUAAAUUGGUACCUGGGAAUUCUGCUGGCACUGUCACCGCCUACUAUUUGUCUUCCACUGGUCCAAGACAUGAUGAGAUAGACUUUGAGUUCUUGGGGAAUCAAUCAGGACAACCUUACACUGUCCAUACAAAUAUCUUCACUGAAGGUGUUGGAAAGAAAGAGCAACAAUUUCAUCUCUAG